AUGAAGACUCUACAAAGAAUUAUGGGUGGUCACCAAAGUAAAUCCCACAAGAUAGGUCAUUAUAAUCUAAAUGUUGUUAAACAGAUUGCAGAGGGUGGAUUUUCAUAUGUAUACCUUGUAAAAGAUCACUCUACUUCAAAGCAUUUCGCAUUAAAGAGAAUAUUGGUUAGAGAUCAAGAAGAACUUGCACAUGUACAACAUGAAAUAGAUAUAAUGUUCAUACUACUAACUCUUAAGAAUUCUACGACAGCAAAAAUUGAAUAA